AUGGAGCGCUGGAAGAACCGGGUGGCGUUGGUCACGGGCGCGUCGGUGGGCAUCGGAGCGGCCGUGGCUCGGGCGCUGGUGCAGCACGGGCUGAAAGUGGUGGGCUGCGCCCGGAGCGUGGACAAGAUCGAGAAGUUGGCAGCCGAGUGCGAGAGUGCUGGUUAUCCGGGCGUCCUCAUCCCGUAUAAGUGUGACCUCUCGGUGGAAGAGGAGAUUCUCUCCAUGUUCUCUGCCAUCAAGACUCUCCACCAAGGCGUUGAUGUCUGCAUCAACAAUGCUGGCUUGGCACGGCCUGAACCACUCCUGUCUGGCAAGACCGAGGGCUGGAGAACCAUGAUAGAUGUCAAUAUCCUGGCAGUCAGUAUCUGUACACGAGAGGCUUACCAAUCCAUGAAAGAAAGAAACAUUGAUGACGGCCACAUAAUUAACAUUAACAGCAUGAGUGGUCACAGAAUCAUCCCGGAGUCGGUUGUACACUUUUAUAGCGCCACAAAGUAUGCUGUGACGGCUUUAACCGAAGGGCUUCGGCAGGAACUAAGGGAAGCAAAGACUCACAUACGAGCCACCUGUAUUUCUCCAGGUCUGGUCGAGACUGGAUUCGCUUUUAAACUGCACGAUAAUGACCCGGAAAGAGCUGCAGCCACAUAUGAGAGUAUUAGGUGUCUAAAAGCUGAAGAUAUGGCCAACGCUGUAAUAUAUGUUCUCAGCGCCCCACCUCAUGUACAGAUUGGCGAUAUUCAGAUGAGACCCACCGAACAAAUGUCGUAGCGGAGGAAGAAGAGGAUGGGAGCCAGGCAUCCAGCGCGGGGACACCCUUUCUCCAAACAGGGUUUUCUUCAGAUGACCGGUGACUUGCUAAGGGCCUCGUGGAAAGGCUUGACCCUCAGCCCUUUGCCCUCAUCGCUCUCCUCAGCUGAACUGACCUCAGUGGAAACUGGCAUGAAAAUCCAGUCUUCACAAUAAGUCCUCCACUCAUGCCUUGGUUCUCUCCACCAUGAUUAAUUUGUAAGCAACAGUUCCCAGCUUUUGCACAGAACCCUCUGGGUUGGACUAGAAGACCUCUAAGGUCCCUUCCAAUGGUUAAAGCUUAGAAGCGUCAAUGUCACCGGAUUCUGAUUUUGGGGGAAAGGGACUGACAGCGGAUCCGGACAGCGAACGUUUCAUGAGUGAUUCUUUCAGCUUCCCUUUGUGACUUGCGACCAAUGUACAAUUUUCUGGAAAUUCAUUGAAAUGUCUUUUUCUUUUUAGGUUGUCACCCCCAAACAGUUAAAAUAGGAGUUUCUGUCUUCUGGGCACUGAGGAGUUGCCUUAAUAUCCAU